UUCCCAUCAAGAAACAAAUAUACUCUUCCUCAUUUCCUCACCGAAGGUACAGUUCGGGCGACCGCCGGCAAUCCGUCCGUUGUCAUUCCCUACGGAGACGUAGUUCCCUUUUCACCCAAGGGUUGCUGGAUUGAACAAGCAGAAAGACAAUUUUUCACGUUUCUUCGUGAUAUUCUAUGUCUAGCACCAUUUCCAGGAAGAAUAUAUUACUUGCAACGGUAAACCAAGCCACUUCCCAUGUUAUAUUUAGAAAUUACCUUUGCUGUUUUUCUGCCUUCUGUAGUCACUCUCUGGUGAGGCAGUACCAUUUCAUUCGAGAAAGGGAUUUUGAUCAGGGACAAGAAUGCAUAGAUUUGAAAAGAGAUUUCGAUUUUCAUCUUCUUAUGCAUAAAAUUAAUGGUGUAAACAGUGAAGAUGAGGUUUUUCAGGUUCUCAUGCAAGACCCUGCUUGUGAUGCUACAAAGAUAACUGAUGAACUUAUUAAUAGGCUGCUGCACAGGUUAAAGGAUGAUUGGAAGUCUGCAUUGGGUGUUUUCAGAUGGGCAGAAUUACAUCGAGGCUAUAAGCCCUUGCCAAAUUUAUAUGAUAAAGUGGUGGACACAUUGGGAAGAAUGAAACAGAUGGAAAAGAUGUGUGCUUUUGUAGAUGAAAUGAACAUGGCUCAUCUUGUCUCGCUUAGUACCAUAGCAAAGGUUAUGAGAAGAUUUGCUGGUGCAGGAGAGUGGGAAGAUGCUGUAAGGAUAUUUGAUGAGUUGGAAAAGUUCGGGUUGCAGAAGAAUACAGAAUCCAUGAAUUUGUUAUUUGACACACUUUGCAAAGAGAAAAAAGUUGGGCAGGCUCGGGAAAUUUUCUUGAAGCUUAAAUCGCACAUCCCCCCAGAUGCUCGUACUUUUAACAUAUUUAUUCAUGGUUGGUGCAAAAUUAAUAGGGUCGAAGAGGCACACUGGACAAUUGAAGAGAUGAAAGGUCAUGGUUUUCGGCCCACUGUUAUCAGCUACUCAACCAUUAUUCAGUUCUACUGCCAUCAAUUUAACUUCAGUAGGGUGUAUGAGCUGCUUGAUGAAAUGAAAGAUCAAAAGUGCACCCCAAAUGUUGUGACUUUCACCACAAUCAUGCAUUCAUUAACGAAGUCUGGGGCACUUGAGGAAUCCUUGCGGAUAAUUGAUAGAAUGAAAUCUGUUGGAUGUAAAGCUGAUACACUGUUCUACAAUGCUUUUCUUUAUACUUUAGGCAGGGCUGGACGAAUUAGUGAUGCUAUUCAUGUUUUCAAGGUAGAAAUGCCCCAGAUGGGGGUUGCCCCAAGUACAUCAACGUACAAUACAAUGAUUUCAAUGCUUUGUCAGCAGGAACGAGAAGAAUUGGCGUUGGAGUUUCUCAGGGAUAUGGAAAAGUCGACUUAUUGUAAGCCUGAAGUGCAGACAUAUUUUCCUCUGCUCAAGGCAUGCUUUAAAGGUGGAAACAAAGAUGAUCGCUUGAGUAUGCUGCUGGAUGAGAUGUCUAGCAAGCAUCAUCUGAGUUUUGAUUUGUCAACUUAUGCACUUCUGGUCCAUGGGCUGUGCAAAGUAAAUAAACCUGAAGAGGCAUAUAAUUACUUCACGAAAAUGAUAGCUCAAGACAUAACCCCUCGAUAUGUUACCUGUCGCUUGCUCCUGGAUGAACUUAGACAAAACAAGAAGCAUGAUGCUGCUACAAGGGUUGAAGACUUCAUGAAGAAAAUGAAAUCCUCUUGACCAUCAACAUUUCUUGGUAUUGUGCUUUUAUGCCCUCAAUUAACUAGCUAACACUCGUACCAUAUAAAUCCACACAAGGCCCCGGAUCUCUGCAAUUUAAACAACUUGGUCUUAUUUCAUCUCAGGACGUAAAAGAGUUUAUUCAGUUAUCUGCACUGUGUUUCUGUACAUGCACAAGCAUAAUGCUUCAUAAAUUUUGGUUUGUAGAGUGCAAUUUUCCCCCAUGUGCAGUUGUAUCAAUUGAUCAAACGUUCACUUACUUAGAGAUGAAAAUUGCAUUUUAGCUACGCUGGAAAUCUAAAACUGCAACGCAUGCAUUAGAGAUAAUUCUGCCAAGUUCAAUAUCAGUUUGUUUAGUUCUUGUACGCUACAGAAUACCUUACCGGGUUGACAUAUGCAUUGGGAAUUGAUAUUGCUAGAGUGCGUUAUGUUAUCAAUACCAAUAUACCAUCAAGUAUUUGUACUCUAACAGCAAAGGAAUAGAAAGCUUCCCAGCUUUUGCAGAAGAAACAGAGUCAUCUAGCAUCAGCAAAGUUGUCGAGACAACCUUUGAGUAUUUUAAACUGUUCAGGGAUUCUGUGGGACGUAUACGAACGAAUAAUUGUGUUCAAAGAAGAAAAAGACAUGUUCGCUGGAAAUGAUUUUUUUUUUUCGGAACGCCUCAAGCAAGGAACCAUCGAUGAAAGACCAGUCUCUUCUUCGGGGCAGUGAUAACAAACCAUCUCCAGCGACAUCUCAUCAGCAAACAAAUCCCUUCUUCGCCGGCGGCAUCUCCAACUACGGCGGCCAAUAUCAACGGCUCAUCCCCACUCUGGCAGCGACAUCUCAUUCCCGUUCCUACAAUAGCAUUUUCAACAAAGGUGAAGACUCCUUAAGUAUUUCCAGAGUGGUUAUCCUUUUCAGGUUCGGGGAUACAGCAAUGAGUCAUACCAAAACCAGGAUGGAAGAAGCAUGGACCAUCGAGGAAGUAGCCUUUAAUGCUCCUGGUCUGUCGGGAGAGUGUUUCAUUCCACCUGCUGAGUUGAGAUUGGGUUCUCUCAGCGAAGCAUGUGAACUUCCUCAAGGAGAGAGGGCAAGGACAGCGGCUGCAGCAGCAGCUUAUCGGGCUGAGGUUGUUGCGCUGGAGAAAUUACAGGAGAGCAAUGUCAACAAUAUUGUACUCAAGAUGGAUAUUUAAGACAUGAAACUGGUUAGUAGCUUCUUAGUCACACAGUAGGCUAGUUUAUUUGCACAAAUAGACCGACGAAAGGAUGUAAGUUAGUUAGCUAGGAACUCAGUUGAUCGAAGAAUUUUGAACUUGAAUACAGAUCUUUCUGAAGUGUAUAUAUUAAACUAGAUAUCUGCCUUGAAAUGAAACUCUCAGUCAGCAGUUUCUUGCUAGUGGAGGCUUAUGUUAGUACCCGCAGGGCACUUUCAAGCUCAGUUGAGCUGUAACUUUUUAACAUUUGAGAUUUCGCUCUUGUAAAAUCUCGUCUCAACUGUAAUAUUGAAUAUGGUCAUCCUUUUCUGUCAUGGUUUUGUAUUAUUUAUGGUUGUACUGGCAUCCAAAUAUUAACUAUCGGUACUGAAAAGCUGUUUGCGUGAGA